GUGCCGGGCGCCAUGGCCCCCCCCAAGGACAUCAUGACCAACUCCCACGCCAAGUCCAUCCUCAACGCCAUGAACGCCCUGCGGAAGAGCAACACGCUCUGCGACGUCACCCUCCGCGUGGAGCACAAGGACUUCCCGGCCCACCGCAUCGUCCUGGCCGCCUGCAGCGAUUACUUCUGCGCCAUGUUCACCAGCGAGCUCUCAGAAAAAGACAAACCCUAUGUGGAUAUCCAGGGACUGACAGCCUCCACCAUGGAAAUCCUGCUUGAUUUUGUGUAUACAGAAACUGUCCACGUGACAGUUGAAAAUGUCCAAGAAUUGCUCCCAGCAGCCUGUCUGCUCCAGCUGAAAGGUGUGAAACAAGCCUGCUGUGAGUUUCUGGAAAGCCAACUGGAUCCAUCAAAUUGUUUGGGCAUUCGGGAUUUUGCUGAGACUCACAACUGUGUUGAUCUAAUGCAAGCUGCAGAGGUCUUCAGCCAGAAACAUUUUCCAGAGGUGGUUCAGCAUGAAGAGUUUAUCCUCUUAAAUCAAGAAGAGGUUGAAAAGCUCAUCAAGUGUGAUGAAAUUCAGGUGGACUCUGAAGAGCCAGUUUUUGAGGCAGUUAUUAACUGGGUGAAGCACUCCAAGAAGGAGCGGGAGCCAUCCCUGCCCGAGCUGCUGCAGUACGUGCGCAUGCCGCUGCUCACCCCCCGCUACAUCACAGACGUCAUCGACACCGAGCCUUUCAUACGCUGCAGUCUGCAGUGCAGAGACCUCGUAGAUGAAGCAAAGAAAUUUCAUCUUCGGCCUGAGCUGCGGAGUCAGAUGCAAGGACCCAGGACAAGAGCACGUCUAGGAGCUAACGAAGUCCUGCUUGUGAUCGGUGGCUUUGGCAGCCAGCAGUCACCUAUUGAUGUUGUGGAGAAAUACGACCCGAAGACCCAAGAGUGGAGUUUCUUGCCAAGCAUCACCCGUAAGAGACGCUACGUGGCCACCGUGUCCCUGCACGACCGCAUCUACGUCAUCGGGGGCUACGACGGCCGCUCCCGUCUCAGCUCCGUGGAGUGCUUGGAUUACACAUCAGAUGAGGAUGGAAUUUGGUAUUCCGUGGCUCCCAUGAAUGUACGGAGAGGCCUGGCAGGAGCCACGACCCUUGGAGACAUGAUUUAUGUUUCUGGGGGGUUUGAUGGGAGCCGGCGUCACACCAGUAUGGAACGAUACGACCCCAACAUUGACCAGUGGAGUAUGCUGGGAGACAUGCAGACAGCACGGGAAGGAGCAGGGCUGGUGGUAGCUAAUGGAGUUAUCUACUGCCUCGGUGGCUAUGAUGGGCUAAACAUACUGAACUCUGUAGAGAGGUAUGAUCCCCACACUGGACACUGGACAAAUGUCACCCCAAUGGCCACCAAGCGCUCAGGGGCUGGAGUGGCUCUGCUGAAUGACCAUAUUUAUGUAGUUGGUGGGUUUGAUGGGACAGCACAUCUCUCCUCUGUGGAAGCCUAUAAUAUACGCACUGAUUCCUGGACUACUGUGACAAGUAUGACCACCCCCCGAUGCUAUGUGGGGGCCACGGUGCUGCGGGGCCGGCUCUACGCAAUCGCUGGAUAUGAUGGCAACUCACUGCUGAGCAGCAUUGAGUGCUACGACCCAAUCAUAGACAGCUGGGAAGUGGUGACCUCCUUGGGGAUGCAGCGCUGUGACGCUGGAGUCUGUGUCCUUCGGGAGAAGUGAUCUGGAGAGGACUUAGAAAGAGGAACAUCCUAAAAAGUCUCAGCUGGAGGAAGAGUCCCAAGCGAUUUGCAGUGACUGUUCCUGAGAGUUUUGGAUGCUGUGGAAAUAGGCACCAGAACUGCAGUUUUCUGUGCUGCAUCUGAGUAGAGCAUGUGCAUUUAUGUGUUAUCUCAGCAGUCAUCUGAAAUCGGGGGCUCUUUGUGAAGCUGGAGAGAGAUGGUGAAUGGGGUCAGAAGAAGCUGCAUUCUCUGCUGUUCCUGUGGCUAAGCCUAUUGGUAGAGCAGAGAUGCUCCCAGCCUUGGUGCCAGCCAGCCUGGUAGAUGCUUCCAAGGACAUGUACAUACAACUGGGUAGUCUCUUCAGCCAUUGCAGGACCAUGCGGGUCCUCAGGUUGCUCUCAGUCAUGUGGAUGUGUGAGGGUAAAUCCAGCUGCUCUUAAGUUCCAGCUUCAAAUCAUCUUGUACAUACUGAAUGUUUAAACAUGCUCCUCGAGUGCACAUGAGUGCAGAGCCAAAUUGAGUGAGCAUGUGCCAGGGGGUCUUGCACUUCCUCACAGCUCUGCACAUAAAAGGAGUCGCAGAUCAAAGCUGUCAACUACUGAGUCCCAAAAGCCCGAGGCUGCAGGGGCAGAGGGCAAGGGGAGGUCAUUGCCUCGUGGAGAAGCAGGUCUGCAGUAUUUGUGCUUUUAUCAGGGUUCUCAGCAAGGUUCACCAUGUCAUGGUUCCCUCAAAAAGCUCAAGAGAUGCAGGUGCAGGGCACUGGGAGCCUCGCUGUGAUGCUUGGUGCUUUGCUCCCAGCACUGUGGGGAGGUCACCUUGCAGAGGCUGAGGCCCUGGCAGCAGGGACACAACUACUGACUGCACAGAUACUGCUGUGAGUGACUGCUGGCUGGACAGACCUCUGCCAGUGCUCAGCCUUUCAGUCAAGUUCAUCCUGUUGACUUUCCUUUUAUCUUGGAUUUUUCUGCUUCCAGGGCCAUUGAGGAGUGACAUCCAGGAUUCUGUUUUGCCCUCUGUUUAUUCCCCAGUCUCUUAGCACCACAUCCUCUUCCACCAGCCCCACCACCCCCGUGUGAGAGCUUCCUCCCUGGCUCACACCAGCACUGUCUGCUCAGCAUGUCCCCUGCCUUUUGCUGCCUUGCUGGGAGCAGGAGCCCCCCUGCCCCACGCAGUGCCUGGGCUCUGUGUUCCGCUGCUCAGUGAGCUUCCUGCUGACUCCUUGCUUGGGGGACAGGGUGGGAUCAGGGACGUGGUAGCAUGACUUAAUUAUGCACUUUCAGCCAAUGCUCUGACUUUCUGCGUUUGUUUCUAUCACACAAGUGUUCUGUGGUUUUGUUUCCUAUAUUUUUUAAUGAAAAUAUAAAGAAUAAAAUAUUUCC